CUCCUCACUUAAACAUCCUCAGGCUCAACUCAUGAGUCGACCUUUAGAUCUCGAAGAUGAUCCAUAUAUCGACGGGAUGCCACACAAACGAAUAAUUGUCUGUUGUGAUGGUACUUGGAACAACAGCGACGGUGCAGAUCAAGUGCCGACUAAUGUCGCAAAACUAGCACGAUGCAUACAUCCGGAAGCUGAGGUGACACACAAUGGCGAGAAGAUCGAGAUCAAACAAGUCGUCUACUAUCAACAUGGCAUUGGUUCGGUAGCUGGGUGGCUUUUUGGGAGCCUCGAGAACGCAAUCGAAGGUGCUACAGGCAGAGGCAUUCGCGAGAAUAUCAUGCAAGCAUAUCAAUUCAUUUGUCUAAACUAUCAACAUGGAGACGGAAUAUUUCUGUUUGGGUUCUCUCGGGGUGCUUUUACAGCUCGAAGCAUCGCCCAUCUCAUAUGGAUGAUGGGUCUACUGACACACAAGGGAUUGAUACAUCUCGGCUCCGUUUUCGAGCAAUGGGAAAAGCAGAACGAAAAGGAGAAGUCCCACGGCUCUCUUGAGAACGAUAAAGAAGUCAACGACUAUUUCAGAGAUCUAUUGCACAAAGAGUGGACGCGGCCACAGAUUCCCAUCAAAGUCUGCGGAGUCUGGGAUACUGUGGGAUCUUUGGGUCUCCCGAGGCCAUUCUUCCUUCCGCAACCAGUGGGCAAGAAGUUGGCAUUCGUCAACACCAAAGUCCUUCCCAAUGUCGAAUAUGCCUACCAGGCUCUUGCCUUAGACGAGCGUCGAAGACAAUUCAAGCCCACGCUAUGGGAGAAACCUGAUGGCCAAGUGAACCCUCGUGUUCUCAAGCAAUGUUGGUUUCCAGGCAGCCAUUCAGACGUCGGAGGCGGUCUCAAGGACGACGCUGCAGCUCGAGUCCCUCUGGCCUGGAUGCUGAGCCAGCUGGAUGGACUUCUCAAUUUCGAUCCACUUGCCGUUGGGCAAUUCAUGAGAGGGAGAGGUGCGUCGCCGAGUUUUGUUGGCCGCAUCCACAACUCGAUGCGAGGGAUUUUCGUGCUCGGCGGCGAAUAUACUAGGAUUCCCGGCACCUUCACGUCCACCAAUCCGGUCACACGAGAACCAACGGCAAAGCGUCUGCAAAACACGUUCGAAUCAAUUCACUGGACCGCUCGAGAACGAAUGACCAAGAACAUUGACGACUACAGCAAGGCUGGUCUCGUCGAUUUCACCAUGAAAGCUGUGGUGACGGAGCCAAACAGUCCGGUUGUUCAUGACGCUGAAGACACGAAACACCUGCCGUUACCUCAAGGACCUGGAAGACAAGUGGCCGUCCAGUGGGUGAGUUGGAAACACCGUGUCUCGGUAAUGGAAGAUGAGAUGCGGAGUUUCGAACAGAAAAUCCUGCAACUCUGGGACAUGCAAGAGCUUUACGCAAUGACCGUGAAGCGAGGCAGCCGUGAGAAGGUUAAUGGGAGAGACCAGGCAUCGGAUAAGGCAAUUGAACGCCUGCAAUCGUUGUUUCAAGCUCGGAAAAGCAGUACCUAUGAUGUCUUGAGCAGUGACAACACACACAUUCCCACUGUGGAACCUUCUCCCCGAAGAGAAACCGCAUGAUGUUUGGGAGUGAAUUAUUUCCACC